AUGGCUCCGAACAAUCCUCCUCGUCAUCGGGGACAGAGAAAGAAGGUUACGAAGAAAAGCCAAGCAGCUCAGCCAGCCCAGGCCCCUCAGAUCAAUCAGGCUCUCGAGGCCACCCGGGCCACUCAAUCUACCCCGGAUCCUCAGGCCAACCAGGCUACAAAUACUUCGAUGACUGCCCAGGGCGAUGAUUGCUGGCACAGCUCCUCCGUGCACACCCACUAUGCUACCACCCAGCCCAACAUGCAGCCCACUGGUGAUGAAAACAAAGACAAGGUGAAGCCGACAGCCCGCCGCUUCUUUGCAGAGAAGGAGUACCCACCCCGAUUCAGCCUGAAAGACAUCGAAGUAGAGAUCGGCGCCUGGAUGUGCGUUGCCUGCCCAGCAUCGACCACCACAUGUCCAACCUGCAAGCAGUAUGCUGGCCACGAGGACUUCAUCCUCCUUGCAAUCCAUGGAGCCUGCAUUUCCGAGAACAAUAUCACACAAUCCUCCUUUGGAUUGUACUACGGCAUCAGUAACAUCGAGAAUGUCUCGCAUGUCAUCACCGGCCAGGCUCAUACAAAGCAGAUCGCUGUGUUGACCGCUUGUCUGCGGGCCCUGCGGAACGCCACUUGCAUUAUGGACGAGCGAAUGAAGAUGGCUCGCAAGGGAAAUGACCUGGUGCCUCUGCGUACCUUUAUCAUCAAGACCGAUUCUGAGUAUCUGGUUCGUGGCAUCACCGAGUGGCUGCCCAAGUGGAAAGACGCUGGAUGGAAGACUUGUAAGGGUGUUACUGUUGCCAAUGCUGAUUUGUUCAAGCUGGUGGAGGCCGGUAUCACUGUAUUGGAGAGAGUUGUUGAGGUCAAGUUCUGGCUUGUGCCUAAGGAGAAUAACAAAGAGGCUGAGUGUCUGGCCAAUUGGGCUAUCAUGCGCUGA